CUAAAGAAAAUAAUAAAUUGAAAAUAAAAUUAUAAUUAAGGAAUAAGAAGGAGAUAUAUAUUACGAAAAUAGCGUCUGUGUCUCUCUAGGGGAUCCUGCGCUGCGUCUGUGCUGCACACCAAUAAGAACGACGACGAGAGUGAGAAGAUUCAGGUUUGUUGAUUCUGCAAUGGUUUUGUUUGUUUGGCACUAGUGGUGGAGUUUCUGGCCUGUGGUUCUUGUUGGGUGAACGUUAUUAAUUUCUUAUUUGAUAAAGGAAGAAAUCUUUUAAUGGCAAGUCAUCUGUGGAGAAAGUAUGCGGAUUAUAAGUAUACAAAAUGGGAGAGGACGUUUCUCUGGGACAUGGUAGAGCCAUACACGCGACCCAAAUCCUUUACCCCUCUCGUCACCCUCUAUGUUGCAGCCUUCUAUACUGGAGUUAUUGGUGCUGCCAUUACUGAACAACUCUACAAGGAGAAGUACUGGGAAGAGCACCCGGGCCAGGAAGUGCCUCUUAUGAGGCCAAAAUUCUACGGGGGUCCUUGGAGGGUGAUUAGGGGGGAGGCCCUGUCACCCAUGCCACCAAAUAAGUGAAGCCCAUGGUAGCUACUGGAAGACUUGUCUCGAAGUUUUAUCUGCUUUAUUGCUUCUAUUUCUCAGUGUGUUUUUUUUUCUUUUCGAAAGUAAUGGUCAAGUUGUCUGCUAAUCUUAGCAGAUACGUUUUUCAUUGCCCUGGGCAAUGAUGAAGCUUAAUGCCUGUGAUAAUACCGUUGCAGAGUUGAAAACCAUCAUUCUUUUGCAUUUCCUAGCUGAUAUGUACUGGUGAAGUCUUUAACUUAUGCAUUUCGUAGCUGAUA